CCGCGUCGCGGUUGCGCCGGGGUUUCCGGUCUCGGGUUCGGGGAGCGGCGGACGGCCGAGGCUGCCAUGGCGUCCAGUUACUCUCCCAAAGAUGACGAAGCUCACCAGCGCAAGAGCCGGAAACCCGAUAACACGGCAUUCAAGCAGCAGCGCCUGCCCGCCUGGCAGCCCAUCCUGACGGCCGGCACCGUGCUGCCCGCCUUCUUCAUCAUCGGCCUGGUCUUCAUCCCGAUCGGGAUCGGCCUUUUCGUCACCUCCAACAACAUAAAGGAAGUCGAGAUUGAUUACACAGGCACCGAGUCAGAUUCUCCUUGUCAUAAGUGUGCUGUGAAUGGGACAUGGAACGCUACAUGUGAAUGUGUGGUACCCUUCCAGCUGGAGCAACCGUAUGAGGGAAAUGUUUUCAUGUAUUAUGGAUUAUCAAAUUUCUACCAGAACCACAGGCGUUAUGUUAAGUCAAGGGACGACAGUCAGCUUAACGGAGAUAAAAGCUCUUUGACUGAACCCAGCAAGGAAUGUGAACCAUAUCGCAUGUCUGGUAAAUUACCAAUUGCCCCUUGUGGAGCUAUUGCAAACAGCCUUUUUAAUGAUACUCUAAAGUUGUACUAUGUUGAUAAUGGCACUGAACUGGAGAUUCCGUUGAUCAAGAAAGGCAUUGCAUGGUGGACAGACAAGAAUGUUAAGUUCAGGAACCCAUCUGGGGCAUCCAAUUUAUCUUAUAUCUUCAGAGUUACAGGUACUACAAAACCUGUGAACUGGCCUAAACCAGUGUAUGAACUGGAUCCAGAGGAAAAGGACAACAAUGGAUUCAUAAAUGAAGAUUUCAUUGUGUGGAUGCGCACUGCAGCUUUGCCCACGUUCCGUAAGCUGUACAGGCUUAUUGAGAAAAAGGAUUCAUAUUCACCUACACUGCAGCAUGGAAAUUAUACUCUGCAUGUUACCUACAAUUAUCCCGUCAAUAGCUUUCAUGGACGAAAAAGAAUGAUCUUGAGCACCAUUUCUUGGAUGGGAGGAAAGAAUCCGUUCCUGGGGAUUGCUUACAUCACUGUUGGUUCUAUCUGCUUCCUCCUGGGAGUUGUACUACUGAUCAUCCACCACAAAUAUGGAAACCGUAACACCAGCACUGAAAUUGCUAAUUAGUGGUUUUUGCAACUGAGUAAUUGCAUGUGCCGCCAUCAAGUUUCUGUGAUGAAGCCUUAGAAAACUAAGCAGGCAGUUUGACUCUUGUCUUAAGUACAUUUUCAGCAUCUGAUCUCUUCCCAAAUGAGCUCAGAAUAUUUUCAUUUGCAAGUGAAACCUUGUAGUGCAGAAAUGCUUGAUCACUUUUCGUACAACUUAAGGUAGUAACUCUAAACUGAAGUUCUGUGUAUAUGGUUGUUAAUAUUUUUAAAAGUAUAAAUGACUUUUAAUGUUUAAGAUCAGUAAAGUGCAUUCUUGAUUUUACUUGUCAAGCAAAAACUAAAUAUGAAAAUACUGUGGAUGGUAUGGAAGGAUAUAGACAGGUUACUUUCAGUGCUUACACUUCACACUUUCUUGCCUCCUCGCUCUCCAGCAUUAAUGAACUGUGGUCCACUCAUGUUCAUCCUUGGUAAGACACAUCUGUGCUCAAAUUGUCUAUAUGUCUUGGUAUUUCCUGCAGAGAAGUUUUCUCUUUGUGAAGAUCUCAGUUUAUUUUGCUAACUGUCCUUACCCAGUGUAUUUGCAAUACAUGUAAGAAUAAGCCAUUCAUUGAAUGUUGAAGUCUGAGAGGUCUGAUUUUUGAGAAGAAUUUAAUUUUGCAAUACAAAAUGUUAAUGAAAUUAGGAUAGCAUGAAAUUAUUCUGAUUAUUAAGGUGGAGAAAAAACAUUCUGCUGAAGAGGAACUAAAGUACUUCCUCAGGGACCAAAGUACUUCCUUAACAGUUGUAACGUGUAGUCUAAUAUAGUUUGCUAUGACAGAGCAAUUUAGGGAAUACGUUUGGCUCCUUUUAGGGAAUAUCAUUGGAUACCGAAUUAAAAAAAAAAUUGGUAGCAAGUUGUAAGUUUUACCAGUUGUAAUGUGUUGAUGUUUUUGAAUGUAUAUCGCAUUAUUAAUCUGGCAUGCUUGCAUUGUUUGUGAUGCAAAGAGGAGAUUUUGCUUUAGUAAAUGAACCUACUUUCCAUUUCCUCAAUUUGUCAUUGGCCAUCAAGUGUGGAACUUUUUGUGCAGGUGGUGUGAAACAUAUGAAGUAGUUAAGGAUGUACAUGCAACACCACAGGAUAAAUCAGCCAAGCAAAACUGCUUCAGAGUAUUGCACCAGCUGUUGGAAAAAUGUAUGUGUAAUAUGAAUGUAAUUAAAGAUAAUUUAUCACGUGAAAA